AUGUCACACUGGCUCUUGAUUCCAAUUUUAGCAGCAGACAAACCCAAAUUAUUUCGCUUUCUAAAUUUGAACACUUGCUCAAGAGAUAACCAGGAAUCGUAUCCCGUGAACGGAUUUGUCGAGAUUCAGAUAGCCCUAUUCAAGAAUUUAAAAUGGUAUAGAUACCUCAAAGGAAUCAUGAUUCCGAAUGAACACUUACAUUCACAUUGGGGUCGAAGGUUGUUGUCAACGGUAACAGAAAAUAUUCAAAAUGGUGGAGACAAUGUACCUGUUGCUGUCCUUCUAGGCAUUGUGCUGACCUUGACCCUCGUGGUUCUGGUUGCCCUUUGUGCCUGCGGUGAAAAGGAUGAUGAUGCCAAGUUACAGAGAAUGAAAAAGAAAUCAAGUAGUGGUAAUAUAAAGGGAUCAGUUAGCCAAGAUGACCAGUUAGACGUACAGAUUCGCUCUAAAAGUAAUGGUAAUGUAGAGUCAAAUGGGGUCACUGUGGUGGAUUUAAACGGAGCUCAAAAUAACACACAGCAUUCCAGACAAAGUCAAGCUAGUACCACUUCCUCCCAGAUGCGACCAACCAGCCUGCGUGAACUCCCUGAAUUGCCGCCUAAUUCUACGGGAGUAUUGCCAGACAAUCACCCUCCGUCUCGCUCAAGUCAAAUCAGUAAUGAUGAUUAUGAUCAUUUGGGGCGUGUAAAGAAUCCCCCGUCACAGUCUGAAAAUUACGACCAUAUUGAUCUGGAAUCUCCUGCUCAAAUAAGUGAAGCGUCUGCUUCAGACCAAAUCUCUGAAAGUCAUUAUGCUCAAGUAAAUGAUAGAAAUUACGAAGUUUGUAACAGUACGUCAUCAGUACCGUUUAAACGAAGUGGGGAAGAGCCACCGUAUAAUAAAAUUCACGACAACUCGCCAUCGAAUGGUGAGGAAUCUCCGUACAAUCAAGUUAAAGAUAAACAGCAGUAUAAUUUAGUGAGUGCUCGUACAAACUUAUUUGCUCAUGGGACGAAUCGUUUUACAGAUUCCAGUGACCCCCCAUACAACACUGUACACGAUGACCCCUAUAAUCAGGUCAAGGAUGAUGACACUAGUGACCCCUAUAAUCAAAUUACUGAUCCGUAUUCCAUGCCCAGUGAAAUGGGGGCAGUGGGUGGUGUCAGUGAAAGCCAUUAUGAACUGGAACCCGAGGAUCCCUACACUAUAGUAGAUAAUGAAGAGGAGCAUGAUCUUCGUGUGACAGUCUUGAAUAUGGAUAGAUCUUCAGCUUGCUCAAACUCCAGUCGACCUUUCAGAUUGUCUGGAAGCGUGUCCAUAUCAGGAGAGUUACUGCCCCUUAUCAAUGCAGGGUUUGGAGCAACAAAAGAAGCGGAAGAGAGCACGGAAAAUGAUUACGCCGUCGUAAACAAGGAACGAAACCCGAGCACGACUAGUGCGUCUGAAAAAGAAGAAGUGGUAUCAUCUACUGUUGUACCACCAGAACCUCCCAGAGCUUAUGGUGCUGAAGAGGUGCACGGUUUGGGACCACAGAAUUCUGCCUCUACCCCACGUCUACCAGAAACCUCUCCUGCUGACUUAUCACUUACAGGAAUCGCCUCUACUUCACAAAAUCGACCAAUCAGAGAGUAUUCUAAAGUAUCAGCUCGUGAAUCAUUGGCCAGCAUGUCAGCUAGACACGCCCUCAAUCCGUACGAGGUAGUGGUUGAUAACGAAAAUACUUACGCCACGGUUGAUGGAGGUUCAGGCUAUGGUGUUGUGGUUUCAGCACCAGCGCCCUCUACAUCACCUGUCGCGUCUGCUUCCAGUAGUCGUCAUGGUAACCAGCCUAGCCGAGUGGAUGUACAACCCAUGGAUACUUACACUGAAAUUGGAGCAUCAGGUGGCGCUGUGAACAAUGUUCCGUCUGCACCAGUUCCGCCAUCUUUAGAUUCCUUACACCUGAUGAAAAAGCACGAAAGAACUCGACAUCUGGCUACACCUGAAGACACAAGUUUGGAAGAGAGCAAUACUAAUUCGCAUACGUCACCAAACAAACGCUCCAGCUUUUCACCAACGACUGCGUUGCCUGGGAUACCAAAAGCCAUGUCUUCUAGCGUACACGAAAACGACAUAAUACUGGAACCAAAGUACCAAAGUGUGAAAGAUUCCAUCGAAGAUUUGGAAAGCGAAAACGACCCAAAUUACGAAUCUGUUGAUGAAGCUAAAGCUCGAUUUCCAUCGACCAUAACAAAACGACAGCACCAUUACGAGGAAGUUAGUCCAACAACUUCUCAACCGACCUCGCCCAAUAAUAUUCGGACACGCGUUUUAAAUCGACACACAUACGAAGAUAUUGAAGAUGUCAAAGAAGAACAGAAACAUCUCCAAAAGUCACAAAAUAAUAAUAAGAAAGGGCCCAAAUCUUAA